UGAAUCCGCUUUCGCUUUGUCAAUAACCGUCGUCUUCUGGGAAGACUUGAAGUGAUUUUUUAUUGUCUUUUUAAUUAAACUUAACCUGUUUGAUUAAAUCAACAAUUAGGUUUUUUUAAUAGUUAGUUAAUUGUUUGGUGAAUUGAUCAUGUCAGAGGGUUCAGAUGAGACCGAAACAUGUAAAUCACAUCUCCGUUCCAACAUGAUGGAUAUUGAUACACCAAAGGCUAUCGAUGAAUCCAGCAACUCCUCCAUCAAUAUAUUAGAAGCCAUUAGAAAUGGUGAUCCUGAUUUAACGGUCAUUGCCAGUGAACUUCAACGGAUUGUCCAUAAAGAAUGGGUUAAAACUCGAGCCAAAACCAGAUAUAGACGGAAAGAUGUGAUAAAAAAUUGUUACAUUAACAAUCGUAAAGAGUUGAUUCGUUUACAUUCAUCAAAUCCUGAACAAUCAUUUUCGGUUAAUUAUAAAUUUCCAAGUUAUGAGAAUCCUUCCAUGAUAUCAAAGAAAUUAAGGAUUACAGGUAGUGAUAAUAAGAAGAGUAAUGUUACUAUUAAACAGAUACACUUUUUAAAAUCAAUACCAACCAUGUUCACUUGGGCUCCAAUCCAGCAAAAUUAUCUUGUUGAAGAUGAACAAGAGCUUCACAAUAUUCCUUAUCUUGGUGAUGAAGUAAUUGACAAUGAGAACAAUUUUAUCGUCGAUCUGUUAAAUAACUACAAUGGUAAAGUCCACGGAGAUGGAGAGGGUAACAACUUUGAAGAUGAACCCUUUUUCGAGAUGGUUGACAAUUUAUCUCAAAAAAUGGAUGUUAUUGAAUCAAUGGAACCCUUACUAAAGGAAGUCCGUUCUCUUAAACCCUCUACCCUUGGAGAAAAAGAGAGAGAGUAUCCACCAUUCAAGGUAUUUGAAGCUAUUUCGUUUGCAUUCCCAGAAAGAGGUUCACCCGAAGAGCUCCGAUUAAAGUAUCUCGAUAUUAUGAGAAGGAAAGAUCGAAUUCGUAUCAUGCCGUUAGAAUCUACUCCAAAUAUUGAUGGUUCCAAUGCCGUUUCCACAUCUCGUGAACAAACUAUGCACUCUUUUCAUACUCUAUUCUGUCGUCGUUGUUUUAAAUAUGAUUGUUUUACUCAUCAGGUAGGAUCAGUUAAACCAAGAUGUCGCUAUACUAAAAUGAAACCUGAUACUGUUAUUUGUGGAGAUGAUUGUUAUAUGCACUUUGAGUCCGUUAAAUUGAAAUUAAUACAAGAAAAGGAAGAUGAAAAUCGACAACAAGAUCAACAACCUGAAAGGCAAAUAGGGAAAAUUUUUCCAGUUGAUUGCAAUGGAAGCAGUGGUAAUGAUGCCAGUAGUGAAGAUAGUAAUGAUAGCGCUGCCUCUAUUAAGAUGAGAAAAGGUCCUAAUCAUAUGAUUAAUUGUCGAAGCAAUUCUGAAACUCGAAGAAUUAGAGGUCGAAGUUAUUCAUCUUUGUCCAGUGAGGGUCAAGAAGUUAAUGGAAAACCAGAGUUUGAAAAGAAAACGAUAAAUCAUAUUAACGGAAUAGAACCAAUUACAGAAUGCAAGACAUAUGUGAACGGAAAAACUAAAGAAGAAAUCAGUUCAAUGAAAACCGAUUCGGGUGCCUUAAAUAAAACCAAUGCAGAUAAUAAACUUUCACCGGAAAUUAUGGGUAACUGGACUGGAGCCGAAAAAUCACUAUUUCGUGCUUUAUGGAAUGCCUAUUAUAAGAAUUAUUGUGCCAUAGCCGAGGCCAUAUACACGAAAACUUGUGCUCAAGUUUAUAUUUUUGCUCAACAAAAAUGGGAAGAAUUUGUGGUCGAUGAAGUGACCAAGGAAAUUGUUCCUCCUCGAAAGAAAAAGAAAAAGAGUAAUGUCAACAAGAAUAGAAAUCCAUACAAAAAGAAUAGUCGACCCACUGCCAAUGUGGAUAAUUACGUUCCAUGUGACCAUCCUGGUCAACCUUGUGAUAGUAGAUGUGCCUGUGUUGGUACAAACAAUUUCUGUGAAAAAUAUUGUAAUUGUAGUCUUGAAUGUCCACAGCGAUUCCCUGGUUGCCGAUGUAAAGGACAAUGUGACGUUAACAAGUGUCCCUGUUUCAAUGCAAUUCGUGAAUGUGAUCCAGAUUUGUGUCUACACUGUGGAGCUGAUUCAUUUGAAGAACCAUCAAUCACGUGUAGAAAUGUUUCCAUUCAAAGAGGAAUGAAGAAACAUUUACUACUCGCACUUUCCGAUGUCGAAGGAUGGGGAAUAUUUUUAAAAGAUUCUGCACAAAAGAAUGAACUUAUCUCAGAAUAUUGUGGUGAAAUAAUAUCUCAAGAUGAAGCUGAUCGUCGUGGUAAAGUCUAUGAUAAAUAUAAUCGAAGUUUCUUAUUUAAUUUGAACAAUGAGUUCGUCGUGGAUGCAACAAGGAAAGGAAAUAAAAUUCGAUUCGCCAAUCAUUCAGUUAAUCCCAAUUGUUAUGCCAAAGUAAUGAUGGUAAAUGGUGAUCAUCGUAUUGGUAUAUUUGCCAGAAGAAACAUUGAACCAGGCGAAGAAUUAUUCUUCGAUUAUAGAUAUGGAUUAAGUGAACAAUUAAAAUUCGUUGGAAUUGAACGUGACCUAACCUUCGUGUAAACAACAACAACAACAAAACUCAAUUACGAAUUUAAAUGAUCGCCACACUAAUCAAUUAAUCUUCAAGUCAAUUUGAAGUCAAUUAUAUGAUCAAAGUGAUUCUUAAAACAAUACAAAACAAAACAAAAACCACCCUUAAUUGUGAUCUCGCAAACCGCCAGUUAAAUUUUGUGUUCAAACAAAAAACAAAUCGUAUAAUUGCAAAAAUACAAAACAUAAUCUGUACCAAUCUUAAAUUGUCAACAAUUUAAAUGAUACUUUUCAUCAUCGCCAAUUAUUGGACAUCAAUCACAAUCAACAAACAAAUGAGCCUUAAAAAAGCAAACUUUUUCAUAGAGAAAACAAAUAUAACCUCAAAGCUUGAAUAUGGAUCAAGAAAUCACAAUUAGCUAAUUAUCAUCCUGACCUUGAUUGAUAUCCUUAAAAUCAUCGUCUCUCCCUCUCCAUCUCCCUCUCUAUUUCUAUCAUCUCUAUCAAAUAUCAUCAUAAUCAACAUCACAAUUUGAUGUGACAGACGAAAACAAAACAAUCCAAGUUGAUAAUAACAUUGAUUUCCAUGUUUAUAAUUACUGCCACAAGCGGAUUUUUUUUAUUACAAUUAUUAUAAUCUUUGAUUGUAUAACAAUUUUUUUUUCAUUUACUACAUUGUAUAAUUAUUAUUUAUAUUAACAGCCUUUUUGUAAAUUGUUAGACAAGCAAAUUCAACACCAUCAACAAUCAAUGACAAUUAACUGUUAACAAUACAUCUCAUGCUGUUGAAAUGAAACAAUUAAAAAACUGAAGCAAAAUUUUCA